GACCAGGAGCUGUUCUUCUUCCACGACCUCAGCCCUGGAAGCUGCUUCUUCCUGCCCAGAGGAGCGUUCAUCUACAACACGCUGACCGAUUUCAUUCGGGAAGAGUACUGGAGAAGAGGCUUCCAGGAAGUAGCCUCCCCCAACAUCUUCAACAGUAAACUGUGGGAGACGUCUGGCCACUGGCAGCACUACAGCGACAACAUGUUCUCCUUCCCCGUGGAGGACGACAUCUUCGCUCUGAAACCCAUGAACUGCCCCGGGCACUGUCUGAUGUUCAGCCACAGGCCUCGCUCGUGGAGGGAACUUCCUCUGAGGUUUGCAGAUUUCGGGGUCCUCCACAGGAACGAGCUGUCGGGAACACUGACCGGUUUAACCCGUGUGAGGCGCUUCCAGCAGGACGACGCUCACAUCUUCUGCACCAUGGAGCAGAUCGAGUCGGAGAUGAAGGGCUGUCUGGAUUUCCUCCGCUGCGUCUACAACGUGUUCGGAUUCUCCUUCCAGCUGCACCUGUCCACGCGCCCAGAGAAAUAUCUGGGAGACAUCGCCGUGUGGAACCAGGCGGAGAAGCAACUGGAGAACAGUCUGAAUGACUUUGGGGAGCCAUGGAAACUGAACCCUGGAGACGGAGCUUUUUAUGGACCUAAGAUUGACAUUAAGAUCAAAGAUGCGAUUGGACGUUACCAUCAGUGUGCGACCAUUCAACUGGACUUCCAGCUGCCAAUCCGCCUCAACCUGACCUUUGUGGGGACGGACGGAGACGAUAAAGCCCGACCGGUCAUCAUCCAUCGGGCCAUCUUAGGCUCGGUGGAGCGGAUGAUCGCCAUCCUCACUGAGAACUACGCAGGGAAAUGGCCUCUGUGGCUCUCUCCUCGUCAGGUGAUGGUCGUGCCCGUCAACACGUCCUUUGAGGAUUAUGCAAAGAAAGUGUGUGAGCAGUUUACAAAAGCUGGCUUCAUGGCGGAUGCUGACCUCGACUCCGGCUGUCUGCUGAACAAGAAGAUCCGCAAUGCUCAGCUGGCCCAGUAUAACUUUGUUCUAGUGGUCGGGGAGAAGGAGAAGAUGACUAACGGCGUCAACGUGCGCACACGAGACAGCAAAGUCCACGGAGAGCUGUCGGUGUCCGAGGUGCUGGCCCGCCUGACCCUGCUCAAACAGAGCCGCUGUGCAAACGCUGAGGAGGAGUUCUGAUCCACACACACUCAUACACACACACACACACACACACACACACACACACACACACACACACACACACACACACACACACACACACACACACACACACACACACACACACACACACACACACACACACACACACACACACUCACUCACUCACUCAUACCUCCACUACGGUUAUUAAUGGAGAGGGGCAUGGGAUGGCACAUGUGAAAAUGGUACAGAGAAAGUGUAAUCAGACAGGAAAUGAUUUUCUGUGAGCAAAUGUGAUGAAAAGGGAUUCUAAACUACAUUAAAUUGCUCAUUAAUCAUAUGUGCAGGGUAGAAAAGGACACGUUUGUGUACGAUGUGUUAUACUAAUGUGGAAGUCUAAUCCUGAAGGGAAGUUGCUCAAUAAUUUAACAAAACAAUGUGAAGAUUGUUAUAAUGAAGAAUCUGUGAAUUUGGCACUGAUUUUCCACAAAGCUCUUUCUCUGCAGGGAAAUAAAAUAAAAUGACUGAAUGUU